AUGAUUUGGGAAGCAAUGAACAAGGACUAUGAUAAGGGAAAGAGUAGAAAACGAGCCAGAAUGGCCAAGAAAGCUGCUCCUGCUAAAAAGCCAGAAAAGGCUGUCAAAGUUUCUACUGUGAUGGAUACUAAGAAUAGGCUGAGUGCAAAAAUCAACUAUGAAGCUUUGGAUAAAUUAAAUGAAGAGCUUGUCUUGUUCACUGAUGCACAGACUACAAGCGACUAA